AUGAUCGAAAUUCCCAAGGCUAGCUCCCUCAAGGACCUCUUCAGCCUCAAAGGCAAGGUCGUCGUUAUCACCGGUGCAUCCGGCUCCCGAGGAAUCGGCUACGAAGCAGCCCGUGGCUGUGCCGAAAUGGGCGGCAACAUCGCAAUCACAUACUUAUCGCGAGGCGAGGGAGCCGAAGCCAACGCUAAGGCCCUAGAGGAGGAGUACGGCGUCAAAGCCAAGGCCUACAAAUGCGACACGUCUAAAUGGAACGAAGUCCAAGAGCUGGUCGCAAACGUGAUCGCCGACUUCGGCAAGAUCGACUCAUUCAUCGCGAACGCAGGUCGCACCGCCGACGCUGGUGUGCUUGAUGGCUCAGUUGAAGACUGGGAGAACAUCAUCCAGGCGGAUCUCAACUCCGUCUUCUACUGCGCCAAGGCUGUUGGCCCCCAUUUCAAGGAACACGGCAAGGGAAGCUUUGUGAUUACUGCUUCGAUGUCGGGACACAUCGUCAAUUACCCUCAGGAACAGACUUCGUACAAUGUUGCGAAGGCUGGUUGCAUUCACAUGGCUCGCUCGCUGGCGAAUGAGUGGAGGGACUUUGCUCGUGUCAACAGUAUCUCGCCUGGAUACGUUAACACGGGGCUGGGAGACUUUGUGCCUGCGGAUAUUCAAGAUGGCUGGAACAAGUUGAUUCCCAUGGGUCGUCAAAGUGAUCCUAAGGAGUUGAAGGCGGCAUACGUGUACUUUGCUAGUGAUGCUAGUACUUACACUACUGGUGCGGAUCUGCGGAUUGACGGAGGUUACAUCUGCCGGUAA